AACCGUGACUAUGUCCACGCAGGGGCGAGGUGUCCAGCACGACGAAACCUAUAAGUUAGAUACGGAAAAGGGUGAUCAAUCCCCAGUCGUCGUCUCCAAUCUCACUGGCGCCGAGUUUAAUGAUCCCAAUGUGGACAGCGAAGCCAUGGUUGUUGAGGAGGAUUCUCCAUAUCCUGAAGUUCGGUCUGCCGUUGCCAAUGUCGACGAUCCAGAUAUGACAGUCUCUUCCUUGCGUACCUGGGUAAUAGGCUUUUUAUUUGCGAUGCUGAUUCCUGGGUUGAACCAAUUCUACUUUUUUCGGUACCCUAACAUUACUAUCACUGGUCUGGUUUCCCAGCUCCUGUCUUUCCCACUGGGCCGUUUAUGGGCAUUGCUUAUGCCUAGGAAAAAGAUCUUUGGCGUUGAGCUGAAUCCUGGGCCCUUCACCAUCAAAGAGCACGUGAUUAUCACAAUCAUGGGCACGGUGGGAGUGAAUUCAGCUUAUGCUACAGAUAUAGUCGCCGUCCAGCGCGUAUAUUACUCGCAGCGUUUGACUUUUGGGUAUCAAUGGAUGCUCGUGAUGUCGACACAACUUAUCGGCUUCUCUAUAGGAGGCGUCGCUCGUCGCUUUCUUGUAUCUCCCCCAUCAAUGAUUUGGCCUACUAAUCUGGUCACUUGCUCACUCUUUAAUACACUGCACUCACAAUAUUAUGCUGGUAUUGGGUCUCGUGGUGGUAUGAACAGAGAGCGGUUCUUCUUUUAUGCUUUCCUCGGCUCUUUCUGUUGGCAUUUUUUCCCUGCAUACAUAUUUACAGCCCUAUCAAUGUUUUCCUGGGUUACUUGGAUUGUCCCAGACAACACCGUUAUCAACCAGUUGUUUGGGUAUGAGAGUGGGUUGGGAAUGUCUGUGUUUACAUUUGAUUGGUCGCAGAUAGCGUUCAUAGGCAGUCCCCUGGCGACACCUUGGUGGGCUGAAGCUAACGUCCUAGCCGGCUUCGUGUUUUUCUUCUGGUUCUUGGCACCAAUCCUGCAAUACUCCAAUAUCUGGUACUCUGACUACUUACCGAUGUCAAGCCGUACUUCCUACGACAACACAGGUGCUAGCUACAACGUCAGCAGAAUUCUCAGUUCCGAUAGCACGUUCGACAAAGAGGCGUAUCGGCAGUAUUCUCCUCUGUUUCUCUCAACUACGUUUGCUCUGAACUAUGGCAUUGGAUUCGCUGCUAUCACUGCAACUAUAAUGCACACAGUGCUCUACUUUCGCAAUCAGAUAGCCGUACAGGCCAGGCGUUCGCUGAAAGAACAGCCUGACGUCCAUGCACGACUCAUGAGCCGAUACCCGCAAGUCCCAGAAUGGUGGUAUGCUUGUAUUUUUAUUCCUAUGUUUGCUUUUGGUGUAAUUUGCAUUGAAGUUUGGAAUACGCAAAUGCCCGUUUGGGCAUUUGUGCUUGGUCUCAUCAUUUCUUUCUGCUAUACUAUCCCUAUUGGGAUGAUCCAGGCAAUCACCAACCAGCAAGUCGGUUUAAACGUCAUCACCGAGCUUAUCAUCGGUUAUGCAUUACCUGGAAGACCCAUAGCAAUGAUGCUUUUCAAGACGUGGGGUUACAUUACAAUGUACCAAGCUAUACAGUUCACCUCGGACUUCAAGCUUGCUCAUUACAUGAAAGUCCCUCCUCGACCUAUGUUCUGGUCCCAAGUCCUUGCCACAGUGGUUGCAGGCACAACCCAGCUUGGGGUCCAAUCGUGGAUGUUCUCUAAUAUCGAAGACAUGUGUACUCCGCACCAAAAGGAUGGAUUCUCGUGCCCUUCGACGGAAGUGUUUGGCACAGCGUCUAUCAUUUGGGGCGUUAUCGGCCCUGCACUGCAAUUUUCAAAAGGUCAACUGUAUUAUGCGUUAUUGUGGUUCUUCCUUAUUGGAGCGAUUGCGCCAGUCAUUCCUUGGGUGAUCACAAGGAAAUACCCGAACAGCUUCUUUAGAUAUGUCAAUGUUCCUAUCUUAUUUGCUGGGACGGGACUUAUGCCCCCGGCCACUGCUACUAAUUACAUUCCAUGGGCUAUCGUUGGCUUUAUCUUCCAAUAUGUGAUUCGCCGGCGUCAUUUCUCGUGGUGGACGAAGUACAACUAUGUCUUGUCUGCGGCUAUGGAUUCAGGGGUCGCUAUUGCCACGAUAGUGAUAUUCUUUUGCUUGCAGUACCCUGAAAAUGGGAUGAUUGGGGCCAAAACAAUCCAGACGUGGUGGGGCAACACUGUUUACACGCGAACAGGAGAUUACAAUGGGGUAACAUCGAAGACAGUGGAAGGGAAUAACAUCUUUGGUCCGUCUACUUGGUAGGUGUGAAGUUGUCUUAGGUAUUUGUUGAAUCAGGAAAUGUAGGUAGUUGGUAUUACUCGAACCAUAGAAUGUUCGUAUUUGCUGUACUCCAUUGUCGUGUCUGUCUUUGGUUCUUCUUAUCACGGUUCUUGUACUUGUAGUACCAUUUGGGCUGGUUGUUCAAGUACGUUAUAGCGUUCAGCAGCAUGGUGCACCGGUCUAUUUCAUCGGAUUUGCUAUGAUGCCGCGAUGGUUACCCAAGUUGAUCAUGCUCUCU